GUUCAGUCUUUGAAAACUGAAAAUUGUUGUCCCUUUUACGUGUCAAAUGAAACCUUUAUUCUCCAGCAUUUUCAAAUCUUUUGAGUUGGUUGGCAAAAAACAACCCCCCUCCUCCUCCGCCUCCCCUCCUGGCCCAACCAAAGGACAUAUUUGCAAUAUGAGUACAGUCGAAUGUAUAUUAUGCAAAUUCUCUGUGCUUUUGCAAAAGCUUGGUUAUAUAAUUUAUAGACGAGUACUACGGUAUUAUUCAGGGGAGGAAGAUGGGUUAGAUAUGAGGAAAGCAUUAUCUCGGGAUGUUGAAAAGAAGUCAAUCAUACCCCUCAAACGGCCAGUUACUCCUGAUGAAUUAAGGGGUAAGAUUGUCAGAAAAGGAGGGUUCUCAUUUGAUAUGUCAAUCAUCACCUUCUAUGUUUUGUGUCUGUUUUGUUAGCUUAUGUCCUUUUUUUAAUUUAUAAUUAUUCAGGUUAUGUAUAUAAUGCAAGUCUAUAAGUCUUCUAGAAUAUUAUUUGAGGAUAUUUAAGACUAGUUCUUUGGACUACCCAGAAAACUUGAUAUUAUUUACUUUUCAAUU